AAUUUAUUGAAAUGCUGAACUCACAUGUGACAACAAAUGUUUUUAAAUGUUUAUUAUACGAAUUUAGAUUUACUAUGUUAAUUUAAUAAUAAAGUUUUUUUAUUGAUAACUCACCCGCUCUUAACGAUGUUGACCAUUAAGACAAUCGUCUCUAGGGCGCAACCACAACGUAAUCGAGCUAUAGUUAUGACUAAUAUGGUCAAAUCUACUUUGUCCAAAUCAGCUGCUAGUAAUGCUGGUAAAUCCAAAGCUAAUGAACGCCGCAAAUCCAUACCUGUGAUACCUCUUCAACCUCGUUUCAAAAAUCAACCCAAUCAACCUAAUGUUGGCGAAGACUUAACUGGACGAAAGAUUCAACGCUUAGAAAUUUUACAAUUGCUACAACAAUUUUACCAACGGCCACACAUUAAAGAGAUGGCUAUCGAAUUAGGAAUGGACAAUUCUAUCUAUGAUCAAGCUUUCAAAAGUUUCCAACAAUAUUGCGUCACAACAAGUCCAUUACCCGUUGAUUUGCAUGUGAUUUUCAGUGACAUUUUAAGCGGUUCUGGUAAUGUGGAUGAUAUUUAUAACCCAUUCAUCAAGUAUUCUCGUUCCAUUUUUCCUCAUCUAGAUUGUAUUGAGGAAUUAAAAAAGAUUAGUGAUCUGAGACUUCCACCAAAUUGGUAUCCAGAAGCUCGAGCUAUACAGCGAAAAAUUAUUUUUCAUUGUGGACCCACAAACAGUGGAAAAACUUAUCACGCUCUGGAAAGAUUCUUAUCUGCAAAAUCUGGGGUUUACUGUGGACCUCUGAAGUUGUUAGCUGUUGAAGUUCACGCGAAAGCCAAUGAUAGAGGUACAGCAUGUGAUCUUGUUACUGGAGAAGAACGGAGAUUAGCUGAUCCAUCAGGAGUACCUUCUCCACACAAUGCCUGUACUGUAGAAAUGGUCUCAACUCGUGAUAAUUGUGAAGUAGCUGUAAUCGAUGAAAUUCAAAUGCUUCGUGAUUCUCAAAGAGGAUGGGCCUGGACUCGUGCCUUGCUUGGUGUACCUGCUCAUGAAGUACACUUGUGCGGCGAAGAAGCAGCUUUAGAUAUCGUUAGAGAAAUCUUAUUACCAAUAGGCGAAACAGUUGAAGUCCGUAAAUAUAAAAGAUUAACCAAGUUGACCAUUAGUGAUGAACCUUUACAAUCUUUGACCAAUGUUAGACCCGGUGAUUGUAUUGUGUGUUUUAACAAAGCUGAACUCUAUGCAACCGUUUUAGACCUAGAAAAAAUGGGCCAUGAGGUUGCCGUUAUUUAUGGAAGCUUACCUCCUACUAGUAAAUUAGCGCAAGCAAAAAAAUUCAAUGAUCCAACAUCAAAGUGUAAAAUAUUAGUAGCCACUGAUGCUAUUGGUAUGGGUCUAAAUUUAAGCAUAAAUCGAGUCAUUUUCAAAUCAAUCGAAAAAUUAAGUAUCAACGAUAAAGGAGAAAAAGAAAAACAGCUAAUAAGUGUUUCUCAAGCUCUUCAAAUCGCCGGUAGAGCAGGACGUUUUGGUACCGAUUAUUCAGAGGGAUUUGUUACUACCAUGAACAGAGAAGAUUUACAAAUAUUGAAAAGAGUUUUAGCGAAAACGGUGGACCCGAUCGCUGCUGUUGGACUUCAUCCAACUGCUGAACAAAUCGAACUUUUUGCAUAUUACCUUCCUAAAGCAACAUUAUCAAAUUUAGUAGACAUCUUUGUGAGCCUUUGUCAAAUCAAUUCGUCUAAUUAUUUUAUUUGUGACAUUACUCCAUUCAAAGCUUUAGCCGAAAUGAUUCAACAUAUCAACUUACCAUUAAGAGCACGCUAUGUUUUCUGCUGUGCUCCAAUUAACCUUCAAUAUGGAUUUGUUUGCAGCAUGUUUACUAAAUUUGCUCGGCAAUAUAGUAUUAAUGAACCAGUCACUAUUGAUUGGUUAAGCAAUCAAAUAAGUUGGCCGAUACCAAUGCCUAGGAAUAUUACUGAAUUAGCUUCUUUGGAAAUGGUUUUUGAUGUUCUCGAUCUAUACCUUUGGUUAAGCUAUCGUUUUCCCGACUUAUUUCCAGAUCCUGAACUCGUAAGAAAUUUACAAAAAGAAAUUGAUAGUAAAAUUGACAAAGGUUUACUUCACCUUGCUCGACUGAUAAAUGCUAAUGUGAAGACUGGUAAAGUUGCAUCGAGGACAAGGAGACGUGUUGAACCACGAGCAAUUGAGGAGGAACUGCCAAGGAAUGAGAGAGAAAAUGGUUUAGAGCAUUCAAAAUCGAUGGAUGUUAGCUCAGAAACUCCUAUUGCAAAAAAAUUGGUCCAAUCUGGUCAAAUAUCCGCUGAUUUACUAGCAAAACUGCACAAAGAGUGGAGUAAACAGAAUAAGUAAAAUUUAAACAUGUAUAUAGUACUAUUAAAGAAUUAGAUUUUGUAUAAAUUAAAACUAAACUGGACAACA